AUGAAUUACCACAGCCAUAGUUGUCGAUCACCAUUAUUAAUGCAAUCAAAACAUUCUCUAUCAUGGAUUCAUAUCAAAUUACUUGGCACUGGUACUUUUGGUUAUGUUGAUCAUGUUCGUCAUUCAUCAGAACAUACAUGGGAAUUUGCUCGUAAAACAAUAAAAUAUAAUGAAAAAAUGGAUGUUAAUGGUGAUUUAUCAGCAACAGCUAUACGAGAAAUUUCUAUUCUUAAAACACUUGAUCAUCCAAAUAUUAUUAAACUUGUACAUGUUGAAUAUAAUUUUGAUAAAAAAGAUUUUCUUUCAUUCUUUCUUGAAAUAUUUCCUAUAGAUCUGAAACGAUAUAUAGAUGCAUGUUUAUCAACAGAAAGAUUAUCUUCGAAACUCAUACAAAGUUAUACAUAUCAAAUACUAUGUGCUAUUGAUUAUCUUCAUCGGCGUGCUAUUAUUCAUCGAGAUAUCAAACCAUCAAAUAUUGUUAUUGAUUUUAAUGGUCAUUUAAAAUUGGCUGAUUUUGGUCUUGCACGACGUUGUCGUAUCCCAGAACGAGCAUUAACACAUGAAGUCGUAACACUUUGGUAUCGUCCACCGGAAAUCUUACUUAAUGCACCAACAUAUGGUAUGCCUUUGGAUAUAUGGGGUGUUGGUUGUGUUUUUGCUGAAAUGUGUCUUCGUCGACCAUUAUUUCGUGGUGAAUGUGAAAUUGAUCAAUUAUUACUUAUUUUUCGAUUGUUUGGUACCCCAUCGGUAGUUGAAUGGCCUGAUAUUGCUAAUUGUCUUUAUUAUCAAGCAAAUUUUCCUAAUUUUCCAAUCAAUAGUAUUGAACUAUCUCAAUUACCAAUAUUGAAUGCUGAUCGACAACUUCUAUCAGAUAUUCUUAUUUAUAAUCCACAAAAUCGUCCAACAGCUAAACAUUUGAUUGAACAACAUCCGUAUUUUAAUUGUCAAUCUAUUAUGAAUUUAGAAAAACCAAUACAAACUAUUAUUGAUCGAGCUAUUCGAUUACAAACUGAAAAUAUGAAACAUAUUGUUAUUUAA